AGUAGGAAGCGCUGUAAUACACAGCUGUUCUCCGUGGCGGCUAUAGGCAAGCUAACAGGCUUCAAGUUGGGAGUGAAAUAUCGGGAGUGUCUGAUCAUCCGUGACACAUCGAUAGCCGUUCUUGGAAUCUGAAGCAAACAUGGGAAAAGGUGGUGGCACAUUUGAGAGGCUUCUCGAUAAAGCCACCAGUCAGCUUCUGCUGGAAACCGAUUGGGAGUCAAUUCUGCAGAUCUGUGAUCUCAUUCGUCAAGGAGACACACAAGCGAAGCAUGCUAUUGGGGCCAUUAAGAAGAAGCUGAACGACAAAAAUCCUCAUGUGGCUCUCUAUGCACUGGAGGUUCUGGAGUCGGUGGUGAAGAACUGUGGGCAGACUGUGCACGAUGAGGUGGCGAGCAAGCAAACCAUGGAGGAACUAAAAGAGCUUCUUAAGAAGCAGACAGAACCGAAUGUCAGGAACAAGAUCCUCUACCUGAUUCAGGCUUGGGCUCACGCCUUCCGUAACGAGCCAAAAUACAAGGUUGUUCAGGACACUUAUCAGAUCAUGAAAGUUGAAGGUCAUGUUUUCCCUGAGUUUAAGGAGAGUGAUGCCAUGUUUGCAGCAGAGAGAGCUCCAGACUGGGUUGAUGCUGAGGAGUGUCACCGGUGCAGAGUCCAGUUUGGAGUUAUGACGAGAAAGCAUCACUGUCGAGCCUGUGGGCAGAUUUUCUGUGGAAAGUGUUCAUCCAAGUACUCCACUAUUCCAAAGUUUGGCAUUGAGAAGGAAGUGCGCGUGUGCGAGCCCUGCUUUGAGCAGCUCAACAACCACCCCUCCCUCUCUCCUCCUCUUAGAAAAGCUGAAGGGAAAGCUCCGUCUACAGGUCCUGCCGAGCUGCCCCCCGAGUAUCUGACCAGCCCUCUGUCCCAACAGUCCCAGAUGCCUCCAAAGAGAGAUGAAGCAGCCCUCCAGGAGGAAGAGGAGCUGCAGUUGGCCAUUGCACUUUCCCAAAGCGAGGCUGAAGAGAAGGAACGGAUGAGACAGAAGAAUUCGUAUUCGGUUUAUCCUAAAACCGAUCCAACUCCAGUGACUUCUUCUGCUCCGCCAGUCAGCACACUUUACACCUCCCCUGUGAACUCUUCAGCUCCAUUAGCAGAGGAUGUGGACCCUGAGCUGGCCCGUUACCUGAACAGAACGUACUGGGAGAAGAAGCAGGAAGAGGCUCGAAAGAGUCCCACCCCUUCAGCUCCUGCUCCAGUGUCUCUGGCUGAACCUGUGCCUGCAGUCAGCCAGCCUGUGGAGACUCACGUCCCCGUUCAGCCUGUCAACAUUGUAGAGCAACCGUAUCAGAACGGCGAGUCGGAGGAAAACCACGAGCAGUUCCUGAAGGAUCUCCAGUACGCCGUCACCACCUUCCUCAACCGCAUGAAGAGCAACCACAUGCGCGGGCGCAGCAUCACCAACGACAGCGCAGUGCUCUCACUCUUCCAGUCCAUCAACAACAUGCACCCGCAGCUGCUGGACAUUCUCAACCAGUUGGACGAGAAGCGGCUGUACUAUGAGGGGCUGCAGGACAAGCUGGCUCAGGUGCGUGACGCUCGAGCCGCCCUGAACGCGCUGCGAGACGAGCACAGGGAGAAGCUGCGGAGGGCUGCAGAGGAGGCGGAGCGACAGAGGCAGAUCCAGCUGGCACAGAAGCUGGAGAUCAUGAGGCAGAAGAAGCAGGAGUAUCUGGAGAUGCAAAGACAGCUGGCGAUUCAGCGCCUCCAGGAGCAGGAGAAGGAGAGGCAGAUGCGUUUGGAGCAGCAAAAGCACACGAUCCAGAUGAGAGCCCAGAUGCCGGCUUUCUCUCUGCCUUACGCUCAAAUGCAAUCUUUGCCUCCUAAUGUUGCGGGAGGCAUGGUUUACCAGCCUGGAGCCCCACCCAGCUACCCCGGCACUUUCAGUCCUGCUGGUUCUGUGGAGGGCUCACCCAUGCACAACAUCUAUAUGGGUCAGGCUGGGCAGGCUGGACCGGGUCAGUACCAGGCCAUGCCCCCGUCUGCGACAGAUCCAAACAUGGUGAAUGCUUACAUGUACCCGCCUGCCGGCACCAACGGGCAACCUCCCCCUCCCACCGGUCAAGCCCCUCCCACUACCACUCCUGCUUACUCAAACUAUCAGCCCACCCCCACACAAGCCUACCAGAAUGCAGUCUCCCAGGCACAGAGCAUGCCCCCCAUGUCACAGGCGGCCCCCACCAACGGAAUGGGUUACAUGGGUUACCAGCCCUACAACAUGCAGAACAUCAUUUCAGCUUUGCCGGGGCAGGAUCCCAACAUGCCCCCCCAACAACCCUACAUGUCAGGGCAGCAGCCCAUGUAUCAGCAGGUGGCGCCACCUGGUGGCUCCCAACAGCAGCAACCACAGGUACAACAGCAAGGGCCUCCGGCGCCUCCUGGCAGCACAGAGGCGCAGCUCAUUUCCUUCGACUAAAAGCCUUCACGCCUCUCCGUCAGACACUACAUCUUCUUGCCUCUGGACUUGGGCGACGCUCUUUGGAAAUACUCAUAAUUUCCACCGUCCACCUUUGGUGUGAUCUUGUGAAAUAUCGUGAACUUUAGUUCUCUUCACCCCUCCCUUCCCUCUAGUGUGGGAAACUAAAGGGUUAAAGCUGCGUUGGAGAGCUUCAUGACCCUUCACCUCUUCCUUCCAUCAUUUCAACUGAUGCAUAUGUGGUAUUUACUUAUAAAAGAAUAACAAGCGCGGAAGUAGUUAACAAAAUUCAACUUGAAAUGAAUCGAAAAUAUGAUACAGAGUUAGGACUGAAGAGAGACUAAAACAUCCUUUGUAUCAUAUUUUUCUAACGUAAAUCUGCAUGUUAAACUUCAGAUUAUCUGCUGGAAUGAUCACAUCCUGCUCGGGCAUUGUGGGUGGUGUUAGGGAACGUCUGUGCUGUUUUUAGAUUGUGAGUAUCACCCCAGAAUGAAGAGGCGUUUGAUUACAUCUUCAUUUGGUGCAAGAUUUAACAUUCCAGAUGUAGUUUUUCUCCAUAAUGCAAACACAUUUUGUUUUUACACAUAUAUUUAUGUGCUGGGCAGACUGGUUGUUUUUUUCUUUUUUAAUAGUAGGUUCUGCACAACACAUGAAAGGGAUUCGAAAAAUUCUCUGAGCUGCUUUAUAACCUCCGUAACAAAAAAUAAAUAAAAAAUUAACAACUACUAUAAAUUAGAAAUCUUAAAUAUAACUUAAUUCCUAAACUUAAGUUGCCAAAUACAAAGCCCCAUUCUAAGGCUAAAUGCAGCACAGUUGCUGCACCCUCCAUUCAUUCGGUUGACGUCCCACAUUGGAAGAAUGGCUGAGUGCUCAUCAAGUAUAUUUGUCCAUUGAGAGGUGUUGCUGCAUGUAUGCGUCAAACUUUCAAACUGUGCUUUCUGUAACUUCCAUUCUCAUCUGCGGACUUCCUUGUUCUGACUUACUGACUUUAAUUUUAAAAUUAUAUUUAAUAAACAUAAUGUUCUUACUGUCAA